AAUCUGUAUUCACAUUCCUUUUCCUUCUAUAUAUAUUGAAGAACUCAUAUAUAUUUCUUUGUUUCUAAAACUACUACUUGACAAACUUCAUUCUAUCGGCACAAAUAGAUCAUCGAGGGUUUUCAUCAAAGUGAAUUUGAAGUUUGAGGAAAUUAAGGAAAAAAUGGCAGGGGGAAGUGGAGGAAGAACUCUGGAGGAAACACCCACAUGGGCUGUUGCUGUUGUUUGUUUUGCUUUGGUUUUGAUUUCAAUCAUCAUUGAACACAUUCUCCAUAUGAUUGGAAAGUGGUUGAAGAACAAGCAUAAACGAGCACUUUAUGAAGCACUGGAAAAGAUUAAAUCAGAGCUUAUGCUGCUGGGAUUUAUAUCCUUGCUUCUAACAGUAGGACAAGGUUUAAUAUCAGAUAUAUGCAUAUCGAAGGAAAUUGCAGCUACUUGGCAUCCAUGCAAUAAGAAACAAGAAGAGAAAUUGAAUGAAUCUGAUGAUCAAGAUAAAACAGAUACCGAGCAUCGCCGGAGACUUCUCACUGUCUCGAACUCGGGUGUAGUUAUCCGGCGUUCAUUGGCGGGACCUUCAGUGGACAAAUGUGCAGCUCAGGGUAAAGUGCCGUUUGUGUCAUCGGAAGGAAUCCACCAACUUCACCUUUUCAUAUUUGUGCUAGCUCUUUUUCAUGUCCUUUAUUGUGUUCUUACAUUGGCACUGGGGACAGCCAAGAUGAAAAGGUGGAAGAGAUGGGAAAAGGAAACAGGAACAAUCGAAUAUCAGUUCUCACAUGAUCCGGAGCGGUUCAGAUUUGCAAGGGAAACAUCAUUUGGAAGGAGGCAUCUUAGCUUUUGGACCCAAAACCCCAUUCUUAUGCGGAUUGUGUGUUUCUUUAGACAGUUUGUUAGGUCAGUCCCUAAAGUUGAUUACUUGACUCUCCGACAUGGAUUUAUUAUGGCACACUUGGCACCCCAUAGCGAAACCAAAUUUGAUUUUCAAAAAUAUAUUAAUAGAUCAUUGGAAGAAGAUUUCAAUGUUGUUGUGGGCAUUAGCCCUCCAAUAUGGUUUUUUGCUGUACUCUUCCUACUCCUCAACACUCAUGGAUGGUUUUCUUAUCUAUGGCUCCCAUUUAUCCCAUUGAUUAUCAUACUGCUAGUGGGCACAAAGUUACAAGUGAUAAUAACAAAGAUGGGGCUAAGAAUUCAAGAGAGAGGAGAAGUAGUAAAAGGAGUGCCAGUGGUUGAGCCCGGCGAUGACCUUUUCUGGUUCGACCGCCCCCGCCUCAUUCUCUAUCUUAUCAAUUUCGUUCUUUUCCAGAAUGCUUUCCAGCUUGCAUUCUUUGCAUGUACUUGGUAUGAAUUUGGAUCAAAGUCUUGCUUCCAUGAGCAUGUGGAAGAUGUCGUCAUCAGAAUUUCAAUGGGGAUUCUAGUUCAAAUUCUUUGCAGCUACGUCACACUACCUCUUUACGCCCUUGUUACACAGAUGGGUACAAACAUGAAACCAACCAUAUUCAAUGAAAGGGUAGCGACGGCUCUAAGGAAUUGGCAUCACACGGCUAAGAAACACAUCAAACAUAACAAGGGUUCAGUCACCCCAUUUUCAAGCAGGCCAAACACCCCCUCUCAUCACACCUCCCCGGUUCAUCUCCUUAGAAACUACCGGAGCGAAGUCGACAGUCUCCAUACUUCUCCUAGGAGAUCCAACUUUGAUAUCGAGCUUUCAGACACGGAUUCUUUGUCCCCAUCCCCCCCUAAUCACACCGAAGGUUCCUCCACUUCUCACCACCAUGUUAAUAUGGAGGAUCAAGUUCAAGUAGACUACAUCGAUAAUGACAUAAAUGAACUAAACUUUAAUGAACGACGUGAACUCACACAACAUGAAAUUAACAUCGAGUUGAAAGAUUUUUCAUUCGAUAGAAGGACAACUAGUAUAUGAAUAUAUAUAUAUAUAUAUAUAUAUAUAUAUAUAUAUUUGAGUUUUAAAUUUACAGUGAUAAGAUGGUUAAUGACAACAAUUGUAAUUGGCCAAGGGCAAAAUUAAGCCAUUUGAUUAUUUUGGAUCAUCUUGUUUAGCGAAAUAUUCUUCUUUUUUUGGUUUCCACUCUUUGCCAUAAAAUGAGGCUUCAAGAACAAAUUAGUUUUCAUUAAUUUUUGUAUAAUUUGUUUCUGUACAGUGUACUCCAACUCUUUAAUUAUUGACAUGAAGGCUAAUAUAUAUAUAUAAACCAUGUUAUCCUUUU